GGACAGGACACCCUCAUGCUUGCUCCAUAGACCUCACCACAUUUUGCUGCCGCAGCUGUUGUGGCGCACACACGGAGCAGAGAGGUGCGCUCUUUCUGGUGACUAUGUCGAGUCUGGCCAGGGCUUUUUCAACCUAAUCAGCAACCAACGAGCCCGUUUCUCCUCGGCAUAAAAACCGGAAUGUUGUCACUCUCUCUUUCAGCAAGGUCGGUUUCCACAGAACAGUGAAGACACCGCUCAUUUACCAUGAGCUGUUUGGAUGUUAUGUACCCAGCCUAUGGACAUUACGCACCGUACGCAUCGACUGCUCCUGCAUUUUUCAAUAGCUUACAGGCUCCCACAGGUCUGAGCAGAACUUCUUCUCACUGCCGGGAUUUUAUGGACACUCCCAGGGGUCCCGAGGGGAUGUCUGGGGGCCCAGGCACUGGAGGAUCAACUUCCUCCUCAUCGUCAUCCAGCUCUUCCUCAUCCUCCUACACGCCUGCAGCUUUGAGGCCAGAGGAGGGCCCCAAGGAGAAGCAGGAGGCCCCUGAGGCUGAGUACCUGACUUCUCGCUGUGUCCUCUUCACCUACUACCAGGGAGACAUCAGCAGCGUGGUGGACGAGCACUUCUCCAGGGCCCUCAGCUCCUACAUGGAUGGAGAGGGCAAACGGCGGGCAUCAGACCAACAGGGCACAGAUACCCCUUCACCUAGCAGUCGACGAAGCUUCCCCCCUUCCUUCUGGGACAGUAACUACUCCUCACCUCAGAGUCGGUCCCACUGUGAGACGGGUGCUCCUUCCUAUUCCAUGGACCCAUACGCAUCAGGGUUGCACCCGGGCCUGUCUCACCCACACGCUCAUCCCCACCCACAUGCUCAUCCUCACUCCCACCCCCACCCACCAGAAAGCUGGGCAUAUCCCCAGGCCCAAGCCUACGGGCCCCCGCGGCCUCUCCACGAACUGUAUUCACCAUCGGCUUUGGAGCCCCACUAUGGGCCGUUGCUCAUGCCCACGGUGAGACCACCUCAUCUCCCUACCUUGCCAAGCCACUAUGAAGUGAGCAAGCUGGAGCCCACUGCUUCCUGGCCUGGCCUGCUUCCUCCAGGAGAUGUCAGCCAGACGCUGGCACUAAACAUGGAUGCAGGCCUCCAGCAGCACAAGAAAGGCAAGGAGCUGUACUGGUUCUAACGAGCCCUUCAGUCACAUUGACCAGCCAUUACCAGAUCCAAUUAGUCCCUGGACCUGCUCCGCUAUUGAAGCAGCGUGUCCCUUUAUCCCCCCCACACACUCCAUCCCCAUCUAUCCACCCCCUUCUCUCUCUGCUCCUGGCCUCCCCUGCCAGUAUACAGCCUUGCUCCAGGUUGACGUGUGUGCACCAUGGAGAUAAAGCAGAGCGAGGGAGAGAGAGAGAGAGAGAGAGAGAGAGAGAGAGAGAGAGAGAGAGAGACACUGUCUAUAAUCUGUGCUGUUGCUCUCUCUUUCGCAUCUCUCUCUCCUGACGCUGCCGGUGCAGCACAGACCUUGGCAAGGUGCGAGCCACAGUGACCUGUUUGGACUGAGAAAGACAGGAUCACAACAGACUUUUGCAGAGGACAGAGAGAUAGAGGGAUGAAUGGAGGGACAGAGGGAUGAAUAGCGGCAAGCAGGGAUUCCCUCCAACGUCCCUGGUUAUCUCUGUCCCAUGUUCUUUGUUGGUACAGUGGUUGUCAUCAUCCACUUAUCUGCAUUGCACAAAUGCAACAUGCAGCGAUAAAACAGGAGCAGCAAUUAUGGCGGUUUAUGCUUUGUGACUGUCAUCAUGAUGCCUUUUUUUGGUUAUUAUAUAAUUUUGUUCUCUGAAAUAAGGUGUUUCUAUUUAUUGAUGUUUAUGUGCAUUUCUAAAAUGUUUGGUUAGGCCAGUGUUCUGAAAUAAUUGUAAUUCAGUUAAUUGUGUUUUCUAAAGAGAGAGGUAAUGGAGAUGACAAUACCACGCGUUUCUGGUGGAGUUUUUCAUCUAUCUAUGAAGGAAUAUUUUGUGGUCAUUUCUCAAAAACAUAUCAAAAAUGUGUUCAGCUCAACAAGUAUGUGUUUGCUCUGAACAGACUCAAAGAUUGUGUUCUAUCAAUUUGUUGAUGUUCCCUUUUAGUUCUCUGCGACGUUCUUGGGUGUUUUGAAUUUGGACUUUCUAAAUACUUUUUGAAUUUUCUUUUUUGUGUGUGUCAUUUCCCAUUUUUGUGUCCAAGAAGAUUGUGAUGUCAAUAAAUAUUUUUAUGGUAAA